AUAGAAGGGAACCCGAGACCCGUAUUUCCUCCAUCAAUCGAUUAUCAAUUAAAAUCCCAAAACCUAAGAGUCCCAAAAUCGAGCGUGAUAAAUCGAUCUAUCAAUCUGCAAUCUCAAUCUCAGAGAGAGAUGGCCAUGCACAUGGAGGCUGAAGUACCUGGAAUCGGCGCCGUUGGGUGUUAUGCGGAGAAGCAGAGCUCGCUUGUGGCAAGAGGAAGAGGCAGCAGAAGCCGCUGGAGGAGGAAGACCGUCAACCUAGGUCAGUUACUCCAGGAGCGUUGCGAGUUUUACCCCAAGAUGAAGAAAAGGAAUGGGCUUUUACAAGGAAUUUCAUUUCGUUCCUUUUGUCCAAGGUAUCUAAGGAAACUGAUGCACAAUAUAUGGAUUCUGUCAAUUCAUGUGACCCUUCUAAAGUUGCUGCUCAACUGGAGUCCGUGCUGUUUGAAAACUGGGGUUUCAAUGAUCAGUCGCUGGAAUCGACUGAAAAGUAUUCUACUCUAUUUUAUUUCCUCCAUGCUCCUGCGAGAAAAGAUUUCCGCAGACAGGUUCUUCUCGGCGAGAUCUCACCAACACAGUUGGUGCACAUGUCUUUGGAUGAACCGCAUUCGAAGUACCCCAAUCAUAUGGACGACCUUUGCGAGAAUUGCUAUGAAGUUUGGUUUGAGAAACUUCGAAACAGCUUAAUUGAGUGUGGUAUGAUGAAACGUGUAACUGUGGAGCCGCUGGGGACUAAGCAGCGGCAGCAGCUGGACCCUUCACCUCGGUUGGACCCUCCUGGUACUGCAGUAUGGGGAGUUUUACGCCAAGUUUUACCCCAAGAUAUUGAAAAGGAACGGGCUUAUGAAAGGAAUUUCAUUUCGUUCCUUUUGUCCAAGGUAUCUAAGGAAACUGAUGCACGAUAUAUGGAUUCUGUCAAUGCAUGUGACCCUUCUAAAGUUGCUGCUCAACUGGAGUCCGUGCUGUUUGAAAACUGGGGUUUCAAAGGUCAGUCGCCGGAAUCGAAUGAAAAGUAUUCAUCUGUGUUUUCUUGCCUCCAGAAUCCUGCGAACAAAGACUUGCGUAGGCAAGUUCUUCUGGGAGAGAUCUCCUCAAAACAGUUGGUCAACAUGUCUCGAGAUGAGGUUUAUGAUUACUUGUUUUAGGCCGCCUGGUGAUGAUACUCAGAGAUGCAUUACUCGUUUCCAUUGAUUUCAAGCUCUGGCCAUUUUGUAGUUGGAUCGGUUGACAAGCGAAAGAAAAAGAGUCUGUUUCCAUUGAUUUAGCAUAUAACACGCUUCCUGUUGGAUUUGGAUUGUUCAUCUGCUAGAGGAGGAGACGUGGGAGACAAGUGGUUUAUGACUACGAAACCCAUAUAUACACACCUAUUUCUGAUGAAUCAAUUAAAUAAAUCAAACGAAAAGAAGAAACGUAAUUAAACAAGUGUGUAAUGAAAGAAAAAGAGCGCAGAAAGAACAUCUAAAGAUUCGCUGUCUUUAAUGUCUUAUAUAGGACCAUCACCUGGAGACGAGAAGGCACAGCCUAUUUGGGAGUUAUA